CCACGUAACCCUGUCGUCGGAUCGGAUCAGUUUGAUGAGGUCAAGGGUCGAACGAGCUCCAGCCUUCCAGCUGGCUGUGGCUGGCUCCUCCUGCUUCCCUUCCACUCUCCUCUUCAGUUCAGUCUCCUCUUCUCUGGGCAUCGAGACGAUGAAUUGAAGUCAAAAGGAGUCACCUGCCUGAGCCUAUAAUUGAAGCUCAGCUCCCUCCCGCCCCCAUUUUGCGUUCUUAAUUGUGCUGUACCAUAUUCCACUUCCAUCGGAUUUAGGUGACCUUCGACCGCAUACGUACACCAUAGCAUCCUGAUACUGGCUGCGGUUCUACUCAACCCCGCCGACUAACAAGACUGUGAGGACCUGUGAGAUAGAGAGAGGGGACCGGCCCUGGCUUUUGAUUCAACGAACGACAACCACCGCCGCCACCAUAAUGGCCUGGUUUAGGAACUUGAUUCACAUCUCCGGCCUCAAAUCCUCUGUCAAGGUCAACCCGCGCAACAUGUCCUUCACCACCGCCCUGUCCCAUUUCAGCACCCUUCCCAGCCCACCGUCUGCUACAGCGCACAACUACUACUCUGGUCUGGGCCCCACGAAGCCCGAUGAGAGGCCGAGGGUGGUGGUGCUGGGCUCCGGGUGGGCCGCGUGCCGAUUCAUGAAAGGGCUUGACACCAGCUUGUACGACAUCGUCUGCGUCUCUCCCAGGAACCACAUGGUGUUCACUCCUCUGCUCGCCUCCACUUGCGUGGGCACGCUGGAGUUCAGGUCGGUGGCCGAGCCCAUUGGCCGGAUCCAGCCUGCCGUCUCCACCGCCCCGGGCUCCUACUUCUUCCUAGCUAAUUGUACAGGGCUCGAAGCUGAUAAGCACGUGGUCCGAUGCGAGACUGUAACAGAUGGAGUAAACACCAUAACCCCAUGGAAGUUUGACAUCGCUUAUGACAAGCUUGUUAUCGCUUUAGGAGCCGAGGCGUCCACUUUCGGAAUCCAUGGGGUGAAAGAGAAUGCAAUUUUCCUCCGGGAAGUCCACCAUGCUGUCGAGAUCCGCCGGAAACUGCUCCUCAACCUGAUGCUCUCUGAUGUGCCUGGAAUUUCCGAGGAUGAAAAGCGCAGGCUUCUGCACUGUGUUGUUGUUGGCGGUGGUCCUACAGGUGUUGAGUUUAGCGGUGAGCUCAGUGAUUUCAUUAUGAGAGAUGUUCGUCAAAGAUAUGCCCAUGUGAAAGAUUACAUACACGUCACUCUUAUAGAGGCGAACGAGAUAUUGUCUUCCUUUGAUGAUCGCCUCCGGCGAUAUGCCACUAGCCAACUGACAAAGUCAGGAGUUCGUCUAGUUCGCGGUGUUGUUAAGGAUGUUAAAUCUCAGAAGAUAGUUCUGAAUGAUGGAACAGAGGUUCCUUACGGCCUGCUGGUAUGGUCCACUGGAGUUGGUCCCUCACCUUUCGUAAGGUCUCUCGAAGUUCCUAAAUCACCGGGUGGGAGGAUUGGGAUUGAUGAAUGGCUUCGAGUUCCUUCCAUGCAGGAUGUGUUUGCCAUUGGGGACUGUAGUGGAUUUCUUGAAAGUACUGGCAAACCAGUUCUUCCAGCUUUGGCCCAAGUGGCAGAACGGCAAGGGAAAUAUCUGGCAAGUUUAUUAAACGGGAUUGGCAAAGCUGGGGGCGGGCACGCAAACUGUGCAAAAGAUGCAGAAUUUGGAGGUCCAUUUGUUUAUAAGCAUCUCGGCAGUAUGGCUACUGUUGGAAGGUACAAGGCUCUUGUGGAUCUUAGACAGAGCAAGGAGGCAAAAGGGCUGUCACUGGCAGGAUUUGUCAGUUGGUUCAUUUGGCGGUCAGCAUACCUGACUCGCGUUAUAAGCUGGAGGAACAGAUUCUAUGUGGCGAUCAACUGGCUCACAACUCUUGUGUUUGGCCGGGAUAUCAGCCGAAUAUAGGGUUACUAGAAGCGCGGACCAGUGAGAAUGGAAACCAGAUGCGACCUGGUGCAGUCCGCUGUUUACGAUAGCAAAGGAGAUUGGUCGCACAAAGGUGGUCGGUCACCCAAUCAGUCUUACACGUGCUCCGUUUAAGAUUCUUUCACCUCUAUGUCCACGGCAUGCAUAACCUUGUGGAACAUUAUUAUCCUAGCUUCUAUCUCCACUCGUUCGAUCAAUCAGACUGUAAUAUUCAUUGGAAUCUCUAUAUGUUGUCAUCCAAUACUUUAUUUAUGAGCUAUA